AUGCCACGACUUGAGCAGUUGCCUAUGGAACUCCUGCUGGCGAUCUCUGACCACCUGGAUCCUCUAUCGGUGGCCAGUCUCGGACAAACCUCCCGGAGGCUCAACGGUACGUUGCAACGUCCCCUGGCCAGAGCUGCCAAGCAGCAUGCCCUCGCUGAUGAAGCUGAGUACAAACAGCGAAUUAGAUUUCACGAUGGAAAGGGUAUUCGCACUCUCAAACGGACGCACAGGGUGCCUUCCCAGCCGCUUGUUCAAGCCGUCCAGCGUCAUCAUCUCAACAAGGUAAGAAACUACCUAGAAGCAGGUGUCGACCCGAACGCAUAUGACUUGGACGGACACCGCAUGCUUUCACUGGCAGUCCGCGCCAAGGACGAGCCAAUCGUGGAUCUUCUGCUCGAGCACGGUGCUAACCCUGCUUUGAAUGACGUGUGCGCGCCAUAUACCUCGCCUCUCCUUGACGCAAUAAAAAUGGGCGAUGAGAUGGUCAAAAAGCUGAUCAGCAUAGGAGCUGAUUAUACUCAAGUAAGGGUCAUACACUCCCUCGCUGGUCGUUGCAGUCUGGAUGUCAUCAAACUUACCAUUGACAAAGGUGCAGACUUUAGACAAACCAGUCUUGAUGGCAGGACGGCGAUCCACCACGCUGCAACAAAUGUUAACCACCCGGAUGUCCUUGAAUACCUCGUUGGUAAGUACCCUGAGCUGCUUUCCUCCCAGCCUGCCAGGACAUUUCUCUGGUCAGCCAUCUAUAACGGCCGCACUGAACUCGUCAAAAUUCUCAUCACAGCCGGUGUUGACAUCGCUGGCGAUACCCCCGUCCACGCUACCCUUGCUAGUCGUUGCAGUUUGGAUAUCGUCAAAGCCGCCAUUGAGAAAGGUGCAGGCUUUGGACAAAUUAGCCCUGAUGGCAGAACUAUGAUCCACUAUGCUGCGACAAAUACUGACCACCCAGACGUCCUCAAAUUUCUUACUGAAAAGUACCCUGAGCUGCUUUCCUCCCAGUCGACAAGUGGCAAGACAGCUCUCUGGUCAGCGCUCUAUGAGGGCAAUGCCGAACUCGCUAAAAUUCUCAUCACAGCCGGUAUUGACAUCAACGUUAGGGACCACGCCGGCAAAACCGCCCUCCAUGCCGCCCUCGAAUUCAGCCAUCAGGCCGUUUACCAAUCAAGGGAAUAUGUUGGCCGAGAAAUUGCGGAGAGAAGUAUAUCGAUCGCCACCGCGCUGCUCGAGCAUGGAAUCCAGGUUGGCUUCCCCGAUCAACGGGGCCUCACAGAGCUCCACCAUGCGGUGCGCCAGAACGGGCACUAUUGCUUGCACAAGAGCAUGCCGAGUAUCGUGCGUCUGCUGCUUUCCAGGAGUACAGUAGACGUCAACGCGCUAGGUCCUGGUGGCCUGACUCCUCUGCAUCUUGCGGCUAGAGUCGGCUGGCUGAAGGUCGUGAGGAUUCUCGUCGAGGAGGGCAAUGCGGACGUCACCGAGACGGAUAAUUAUGGUAAGGCGCCUGCACAUCUUGCACUGGAGUGCCCCGCUGUCUUGAAAUAUCUCUCGCGGAGGGCAGCUAGCAGACCCUCUGUCAUCUAG